AUGAGGAAGACAGCUUGGAUAAUAAAAGGCCAGAGAAUUGCCAAGAAAGUGGUUGACAGUUGUGUGCGCUGCAGGAAGAACAGAGCAAGACUGUGUCAACAAAUAAUGGCAAACUUGCCUCCGGAGAGAACAGGCCCAGCUGCUCCUUUUGAAUUCACUACCAUGGACCUGUUCGGUCCAUAUGAAGUCAAAGAUGAAGUCAAGAAAAGAACCAAAAUCAAAGUAUGGGGAAUCGUCUUCUGUUGCAUGGCCUCCCGUGCCAUACACACAGGCGUGGUAAGUGACCAGUCAUCCAAAGGUUUCCUUCUGGCCUACCAAAGGUUCACUUCACUGAGAGGGCACCCCAGGAAGAUCUGGUCAGACCCUGGCACUAACUUUGUAGAGGUCAAGCCUGCUCUGGAAAAGCUGUACAAAUUCCUUGACCAACUGAACAAGUCUGAAGUUGAAGACCUAGCUGCCAAACAUGGGACAGAAUUUGUUUGGAAGAUCCAUCCUGCAGACUCUCCCCAGAGAAAUGGUGCAGCAGAAGCUGCUGUAAAAAUAGUGAAGCAGGCCCUAAGCAAUCUUGGUGGAGAGGGCAUCUUCACCUGGGUUGAAUUCCAAACCUUUCUUUUCAUGGCAGCCAACCUUGCUAACGAAAGACCUAUUGAUGCCAAAACUCAAAGCAGGGAAGACUGUGUGGGAUAUAUCACCCCAAAUUCUCUGCUUCUGGGGCGUGCAAACCUUAAGGGAGACCCUGGAGACUUCCAGUUUGAUGGCUACCCAUACAAAAGACUAAAAAGUAUUCAAACAGAGGUCAGUAAAUUCUGGAAAAAGUGGAGCCAAUUGGCUGGACCAAACCUCUUUGUACGGAAUAAAUGGCACACCAAAGAGCGAAAUGUCGCUGUUGGAGACGUGGUCUGGUUGGCUGACCAAAAUGCCCUGAGAGGACAAUACAGGCUGGCCAGAGUUGUUAGUGUCAACACUGACAGGAAAGGCAUUGUAAGAGACGUGCUUGUGAGGGAGGACCUUUCCUAGCUAUCCGUUUCCCAUCAGAAAGGCAGCUGGAAAGAAAGCAGUCGCAGAAUCCAUUAGGCUUAAACAAAAAAUCCCAACCACUAUCCUUCACAGAGAUGUUAGACGCCUUGUCAUUCUAAUUCCCGUUGAAGAACAAAACAACAAAGUACUUGUGUGACCUCAUUGGGUUUGGGAAACCAUGAGCUCAAGUGGGAGGUGUUGGGUUACAGCUGAGCAGAUGGAGGUCUAAUUGGUCCACCACCACUGAGAACUACAUCUCCCAGAAUGCACCCACAAAAAGGCGACUGAUUGCUGAUAAAAAAAACACCUAUGCAGGAUGGUGGCUCUCAGUCCUCAGUCAAACAGGAACAGCACAGCAAGCUCUACUUAUGAGUUGACUAAAGACGCCAAUGGUUAUCAACCUGAUAAUCACUGAACUGAAAUUAAUAAAGAUUGUUGGAAAGUGAAGGAGUUGUCCCAAAGUGUCCCUUUGGAGUAAAACUAGUGCGGAGCUUGACAUUUGUGUCUUAAAGAGGAGGGGCUGCAAGAGUGCCUAUUCAGCGCAUAAUGAAGAUGGUGCAAGAGGAUGAUUCUAUGGAAAUGAGGAGAGGUUUCAAUUCAUGGAUUGGUGGUGUACAUCAGAGAAAAGGAGGAGAAUCUCUUUAAAGAACAGUGUGUAGGUAAAUCUGACACAGAAAAGCAAUUUUUGUAAAUCUUGUUUUUAACAGUUUUUUGUGUUUUUAAAUCUGAUCUUAAUUCUGACCUAUUUAUGCAAGUUUGAUGGGGAUCUUACCAACGUAGUGUUGAAAAUCAUUGUAACCAGAUGUGCCUCAUCUGAUCCAGCCAGCGCCCAGAUUGUAAUUGAGGGAACAGAAGUCCUGGAAGAAGUAGACAUACCCAGAGCCUGUGCCUUGCUAAUGGGACUGAUCUACUCACUCAAUCUCAGCUACCCAAAGGAACUUAAAAACACCUUUGAAGUGUUUCAAAAGGUAUUUCUUGAGCUGGAUAGCCUAAAAGCAAGCCCAAAAGUAAUGUCUCUGAAAAGUAAACAGCUGUUCUAAAAUAUCAGAACUGUCCACUAUUUGAGCAGGAAAUGUAAUUUGUUAAUACGCUGUGUUUACAUGUUUUUAAGGUUUACUUAAAGUACACUAAGGUUACACCUGAAAUGAACUUGAAGUUUAAUAAAAGUUAAUAUCUCAGGUUAUGUCUGAAGGAAACUGCUGUACUAAAAAUGAGAAGAGUUAAGCUGUCCAAUUAUUCAGCAGGAAAUGUAUGUACAUACACACUUUGCAAGUUUUGAUCUUCACUCUUUAUUCUGUACAGUUACAGUACAUUUAAUAGAAGACAGUGAAUGAAAAGGUGAGACGAGAAAGAAUGUAAACAAGGAAGGUGGGCUAGAGAAGAGGAAAGGGCUAACAGAAAUAUUAGAAACACACAGAGACACACAUUUUAAAACGUUCUGGUUCAUCACACUGUUUACAUUUCAAAUUUAUUCCAGUAGUACAAAAGUACACUAAAGUGUAAGUUAAGUAAGUAUUUUUUUUCCUAGUUGAUUGAGUGAUGCUGAUGAGGUAGUUUCUGUACUGUGCUGACAUUUUGCACUGAAACUGGAUAUUUAGACUGGGCUUUAGCAAUGAUCACAUCUGCAACUAUGUCCUUCUUCCAAUAUUAGUGUUUGAUUGCAAUAAAAAUUAUUAAUACAAAGGUCAAAAUAAACACCUUUUUUCACUGUAAAACUGGAGUUGUCAUGUCCAAGUUAUUCUGACUUAAAUGAAAUAUGUUGGUAAUACUCAAUGAAAUCCCGUCCCGGGUGGGGUACACCCUGGAGUGGUUGUCAACACAGAGACACAACAGACACACAACCAUUUGCACACAAAAAAAACCACACACAUUUAGCUUUGCAAUGAAUUCUGCUGGAUGGGCAGAAAAUACUCGUUUAUUUGAUUACAAAUCUAAAGGGAAUAAGCAGUUUGAAAAUGAAUGAAUAUUUUUCUGCAGUUUAUACUUGCCUGACUUUGCACAAUAAGUUGUGAGAUAGGAAUUUUAUCAAGCCACUUGAUUAGGAGAAAUAGUUUGGUCUUAAUACAGCAAUUAGCUCUGGUUUCCUUGAUGAUGUCUCAGCAGGAGAUUUCACACAACAGCUUCUCACUAAAGGUCACAUAUUUUUAAAAAUGCUAAUGAAUCAGCUGAUCACCUGAAUCAGUUGAUCUUGCUUUAGUUAUACACACCCUAAGGCUGCAGGUGUAUAGCUAUUUCUGGCAGGCUUUGCUUUACUUAAAGAUCUUAGUUCUUUAAGUGUGAUUAACAGAUUAUGUCUUAGUUCUCGCAACAGCAAAAAUAGGAUGGAAAAGCUUUUAUUUAGAUUUUUGAACAACAGUAACACCAACUGGAAAAGUCCUUCUCUGGAAGUUAUCAAUAUUAGCUUAGUGUUAAUGAGCAUCAUCGUUGCGACUAUAAAUGUCAGGCUCCCACCUCACUAACACACUCCGUCUGGACCUAAUCAACUUCCUGCUCCGUCAUUGGACCAUUAUCACUCACCGCUCCAACGCUCAGUGCUCGUCUUGCCACGACCAGAGCUCCUGACUCGUACUCCACGUUUCGGAUUCCAGUAAAACCACCAUGUUAACCUCCAGUCCUCUCUCCACUCAGACUCUCGUAUUCUCCGUGGUCACAGAUCCCCGUUUUCUCUCCUCUGUUUCGCACAUUCCUGGAUUCUCUCAGCUCAAGCCUGCCACUCUCUGCGUGUGGAUCGCCAGUUAAAUCCCAAUCCCAGCCUCGCUGACAAUAACAGCUCCUGUAAGCACUGUGUUUGAGGCUUUAUUUUAUCGUCUAAAAGUCACGGUCAUUAUCAGUUCUGUAAACACAAAAACACUGAAAAGGACCCAAAAAAGCGUAACAACUAUGCCAGACCUGUAAUGUCACCACAACCAGAUAACAAAAACAAACAAGGUGUGCAGCAUGCACAAACACGCCCCUUUAAACUCAACAUGGUGAAGAUGGGUUAGGUUGAAGGUUAAAUAACAGCCUUCAGAAUGUAGAGUUUUGACAACCAGUGAGGAAGAGGAAGAGCCAAUGUUAUGUUUUCUGAUUUGAUUUUUCAUUUCUUUUUUUGACAUAAAUUCCUUAGAGUUUCCAGGUUAAACUUGGUUUUAUUGUUUAUUUUUUACUAUUAAUAUUGAUGCUGUGAUUGCUUUUUUUAUUUUUAUUUUUUACAAUAUCCGCCUUUUAUCUAUUUCUAUCAUGUUCCUUGUGUUAGUGGACAGCACCUUGGGCCUCCGCAGAGGUGGUGGAAGCUGCUAUAGAAAUAAAAUUGAUGAUGAUGGUGAUAAAAGAACUUAAACACCUACAUCUAGUUUGUUACAUCACGAGAGCGACUGUAAUGAGGUGAAUAAAAAAGUCGUGCACAUUUUGUCUUUUUUUAAAAGUCGUUUGAAAAGCAUAACCUACAUUUUCUAGCUUCCUCCACAUUAGUCUUUACCUAUUUAGUAUAGUGGAUAAUUUCUCUUGAACUGGUCUUUGUUAUGGAAUUCACAGAUACAUUUGUCUGCUUCUGUUCCUCAUUCGCACUCACUUUGAUCUGGGCAUUGAAGCGGAAAAUGACUGUGUGCUCUGUUGGACUGUUUUUGUGCAUGUUCGUGGGCAUAUGCAUGUACUUGUGCAUAUUUGGAGUGGAUGUUGCUCUGAAGAUAUGUUGGAUUGUGUGCAUGAGAUGUGCAAUAUUUUCUUGUGCAGUUCAGGGACGGCAUUUAUCAGUGGUAGACAGUCUAAUUAAAUGAAUGAAACAAACUCUUGUCUUUUGGGUUUAGGUGACAUUCAGAUUUUAUGGACCAUGUCAAAACAGGUCUUCUUAAUGAUGCUGCUUUGGAAAGCAAAAGUGUGUGUGUGUGUGUGUGUGUGUGUGUGUGUGUGUGUGUGUGUGUGUGUGUGUGUGUGUGUGUGUGUGUGUGUGUGUGUGUGUGUGUGUGUGUGUUAUAUU